AUGACGACCCUUUCCGAUGUUAUUGAGAUACAAAAGACCUAUAAUGUUCUUCAAGCCCCAGCGAUCCCCGGGGACUCGGCAGAUGUCCAUGAUGAUACGAUAGAUGCUAGUGCUACGGGAUCAACACUCAGUAUUGGACUUUAUAACUCCACGACUUCAAGCACUGUCUAUGCAUACGUCACUGGACUCGCAUUGGAUAACAACAGUGCUGUAUAUCUCCUACAGUCUGACGGGUCCACAGCUUAUUAUCCUGCCAAUCCGACUGGUACUGGUCAGCCAAUUCUGACCAACUGUGCUAUCCCUCUCGGUGCUCCAGGAACUACGAAAAACGUCAUAAUUCCACAUCUGGCGGGCGCUAGAAUCUGGUUUUGUGUAGGCAAUACCCUCACAUUUCUGUUGAACCACGGGGAUACAGGCCCAGGUCUAGUCGAACCGGCGGUCAAUAACACCUCAGACCCAAACUACAAUUACAGCUGGGACUUCUGUGAAUUCACAUUCAACAGCUCCCAAGUUUACGCCAACAUCACCUACGUCGAUUUUGUUUGCCUACCAAUUGCCUUGACGCUCACGACUAGCAGUGGAACAACACAACAUGUCGGUGGACUUCCAGCAAAUGGAUUAGAUAAUGUUUGCAACGGCCUCAUUGCACAAAACGCCAAAGAUGGAGCAGGCUGGGACCAACUUGUCCUUACAAAAAAUGGCAGCAACCUUCGUGCACUCGCUCCUACGAACGGCAUCGCUCUCUACAGCACCCUUUUCCAAAACUACUGGACCGACUACGUCAAUUCUUGCUGGAGCCAAUACAUCUCCACUCCCCUUGUCAUAGAUACACAGGCUUCAUGGGGCAAAGUCUCAGGCUUGACCUCUAACGACCGCACCCAGAUCACAUUCAGCGGCGUUGGAUCGAUCAGCAAACCCAGCGCAACAGAUAUCUUCGGUGCUAAUUCCGGUGCGUUUGCACCGCAGACUACCAACACAGCUGAGCUUCUUAAUAUCGGCGCCCGCAUCGAUGCAGCUUUGAACAGAAGUACGUUGCUUUCCAAUGCAAACCAACCCGACGGCGAAGAGAUCUCCACCUUCUACACGAAUACCGUGACCAACCAUUAUUCAAGAAUCACCCAUGCAGCGAACGUGGAUGGGAGGGGAUAUACAUUUCCUUAUGAUGAUGUGACGGGCGGAGGCGUGGAUCAAAGCGGGUUUGUCAGCGAUGGAAGUCCCACGAACCUCCUCGUGACUGUUGGAGGCGGCAAUGCGUUUGCCAAACGAGAGGACAUCGAUCAGAAAUCUGUUCAGCCGCCAAGAAGGAUGAGACGGUCCGUUCAAUGGGUUGAGGAUGUCAAGCUUGCUCCACGGGAGGAGAUGAGGGAUCUGGAAAUGGGAGAACAUCCAAAGCUCCUUGCUGAGAUGUCACCAGCUGCAGCUCCAGCUCCGAAACCAAAGAUCUUGCUUCCGCAAUUUGUUCAACGCUUUAUGAGCCCCUAUGUCUCUAAGCUACAGGCAUCGCCAUACUACGCGCAGCGCCUUCGACCACUACUUGAUUUUAUCAACCAGUUCCUCGUCUCCUUCCUUUCACUAUCCCUCCGGGCCGUCUUGUCCCGAGUCUUCUUGGUGGCGUUCUUUUUUGUGUUUUACUUUUUGGGUAUCUUGCCUCAUGAGGCAAAGGGCCAGAGUCAGCGCCGCAUACUGGAGGCUGCUGUAGCGGCUAGCAAUGGGAAUGGGAACGGGAACGGAACCAUUGUCAUGCAGGGUAGUUGA